AUGUCAGACGCCCUGAAGAAGCGCAAGUCGAAGGUGCUGCGCAGCGAGAUGGGCACACCUGAGGGGAAACGCGGCCGCGGAGAAGGGGACCAGGUGAGCACUGCAGAGGAGAUGAGAGGGGUGGACAGCAUAAACAGUAGGGGUGAGGGGGUCAAGGUGAGAACUGUAGAGAGAGGAGAGGCAGAUGAGUAUAGAGAGGAGGGGAGGGAGCAUGAAUGAAUUUGACUACUUUGUGUGUGUGUUUUCAGGACUUACCUGUGUACAGUGAAGAGGUGGAGCUGGAUAGCAGGGACCCAGAGGAGGACUACCAGGAAUAUAAACUAACCUGUGAAGCUCUGGCCCAACUGAUGAACGACAUCCAGGAGCAGAAAGCCAACGGCGCCAAGGAUGGGGUAAGAAACACACACACCAGGAUUUUCGUUAGCUGGUAAUUGCUGGCUUUUGGCCGAUAAAAAUAAUGAAAAGCCGAUAAAUAAAAUUGUAGCCAGCCAAAUUGUCCGGGGCUGCCCAUCAUACACCCAGAUUUCACGCUUCAGCACCAUUCUCUCACUCCUUGGCAUUGCCCACUGCCUUACGUGCAUGCGCCUGCUGCUGAGGAGAGAGAGAGAUGAGCCUUGGCCUAGGCUACUGUUGAUUGUGAAGAUGGAGGCCUUUUUCAUUUAAGUAAAACGAAAGUUAGAGAUUAUGCCUAUAUUGAAUAGCGUACAAUGGUUGUGUCCUCCGUAUGGACAAGUUUGAAUAUUAUAGUGGUCAAAGAUGAGAAAUACAUUGGCGGGGCCAAAUGCAGAAUACUGUGCAACUCUCUAUUCAGGUAGGAACUUUUAUUUAUAAAACAUUUGUAUUUAUAAUCAUUUUUUUAUUACUGUAUAUCAUUGUUGUUAUUGUAGGCCUAUUUAUUAAUAUAAACCAGUUCUUUAAAUAUGCAAAACGUGUUUAGUUUAAGAUGGGUUUUAAGUAGGCCUGUUGGGGGGGGGGGGGGGGGGGGGCUCCAGGCCGAGUUUGGGAAACCCUGGUUUAAAGGAUCAUUUAAAAAAACUGUGGUGCACAUUAUUGUUAUACACUUAGCGUUCUAUUUAUCGUUGAAGCAUAAAUUCAGGCAAUUUAUCCAGACAUGGAUUUUUGUCCAUAUUGCCCUGCUCUACUUCGACAGUUAAAAUUGAGGUGAGGAAGAAUGUUUCAGGCCUACCAGAGUAACUCCUAUAAUUUACAAUAUAAAAAAAAUAUUAUGAUAGAAAAUUAAAGCAGGAACCUCCUUCUGUACACCUAUAUCUGUAUAGCAGACCGAAGCACCGCCGCAAAGCAUUAUAUUGCGAAUGCUGCAGAAGAAGCAAACUCCUUCAUAUGUGACUCUUUCGUCCUCGCACGCACACACGGCUGGCUGUUUAAACUGGUCUGAAAACAGCCUAUACUAUAUCUUUGUCUAUAAAAAAUAUGAGCUGCAUGCAAUUGAACAAGUCACAGGAAGCAUGCACUCCUUUCGUUGCAUUCCUUAUAGAAAUAAUUAAACAGUGUUGGGCGGAUUACUUGAAACAUUUACUAGGCUAAUCCAUAAACCUACUAAUACAUUUAUGAAUAAAUUAAAAAACGUGCACAAUGCACAUAUUCAAUAGCUUUAGAAGAAACCGAAAAAAGUUAUUUUAACCUGGUAUUAAUUCAUUUUCUAUAGAAUCUAAUUAUCAAUAAUAAAUCUAGGCCUACGAUAUUUCAUUAAAGUGGACUCCAACAGCGUAUGUUGGAUAGGAAUUGCCUUUAGCAAGGCACUGCGGCUUGUUCUGGCCGAUCCCCUCAAACUUGUCAGCAGCACACCGAAUCUCUCCGUCGAUUGGAGGAGUUUUAGGCUACUAAUGAUUGGCACCAAUAUGUGAAGUCUGACUGUAGCCUAUUACCAGUUGCAUUUCACGUUCAUGUUGUCUACCCUUCCCUCCAGUGUACUGAGAUAGAGGAGAAGAGGAUGCAGAGCUGUAUCCACUUUAUGAGUCUGAAGAAACUCAACCGCCUGGCUCACAUGAGACUGAAGAGGGGGAGAGACCAGACACACGAGGUACAUAUAUGCACACUCUUUCACACGCACAAUUCCCUCUACACACACACGGCAAAAGCAGUUAUUAACUCCCCUCGCCUCUCUCCCACCUCCCUUGCCCUGUCUUCCUCCAGGGCAAGCAGAGAGUGGAUGUGUUGCACCUGCAGCUCCAGAACCUGCUCUAUGAGGUCAUGCACCUGCAGAAGGAGAUCAGCAAGUGUCUGGAGUUCAAGUCAGUACCACUUGGGGGGUUCUAAUUCACAUUUGCUCCAAGUCAGUAGGCCUAUAUCCAGGAAUAAGAAGCUUAGAGUUUUGAGGCACAAUGUCUAACGUUAAUAUUAUCUUGUCCUCUGCGUGUUUGUGUGUGUCCAGGUCAAAGCAUGAAGAGAUAGAUCUUGUGAGUGUAGAUGAGUUCUACCAGGAGGCCCCCCCUGAGACAUCCCGCAGCCCCCUCACCAAGGACGACACCCACCAACUCACACUGGCCAGGCUGGACUGGGAACUGGAGCAGAGAAAGAGGUACCACACACACACUGAGACAGUUGUGUUGUUCUGUAGGUUGGCUAAGCAGUACAUGAACUCCCACUGUUCUGUGUGUGUGUAGGCUGGCUGAGCAGUACAAGGAGUCUCUGUCCAGUAAGGAGAAGAUCCAGAAAGGCAUUGAGGUUAAGAAGGAACACCUGAGUUCUCUACAGCCUGGACUCAACGCUAUCAUGCAGGUAACACACACUCUCUGUAACUCACACACCCUACAACCUGGAUACAAUGCUAUUACCCAGGUACACACUGAAGCAAAGUGAACUUUAAACCUCCCUGUAAGCCAUAGCAGCAUUCAAUUGACAAAACAACACCAGUCCCACACAGCUUUUGCAAGUCUAGGUGUCUGUCUGGUAUGGAUGGCUAGCAUUGUGCAUGAUUACACACACAGCAGGCAUGGGCUUCUGAAAUGGCCCUGCCCACAGAAUGUGACCUUCCAGGCCUGAAGCCUAAACCUGUCCUCUUCCCCAGGCAUCCCUCCCGGUCCAGGAGUACCUCUCCAUGCCGUUUGAACAGACCCAGAGACAGACAGAGAUCGCCCGCCACCUCCCCCCCUCUCUCUAUGUCCUACUGGUACAGGCCAGCGCUUACGGACAGGCCUGCGGUGAGUGUUUGUGUGUGUGUUUACUUACAUUUGUGAACGCAAUUGUGUGGCAGACUUUUUUCAUUGUCACUUUAUCAAUUUUGAUGAGGACAUGCGGUUUUUAUGCAUUUUUGUAUUUGUGUGCGUUUCAGAUAAGAGCCUGAGUGUGUCCAUCAGUGGAGAUGUGGACGAGGCCAAAGCUCUGUCUAAACCUCCAGAGGACUCCCAGGGUAAGUGUGAUGAGGUGGUGUUGAAGGAGUCAGGCGCAGGAGGGUAAAUCACAGAAUAACAGGCUUUAAUCCGCAAAAUACAGAUUUACGCAGAAAUGCGUCAAACACACUCCAGGACACAAAACAGGCGCACUGGAAAAUUCUCCCGUCGAUACAAAAUACGAGCUCCACCGAGCUUCACUAACCUCCACAAAUAAACAAUCACCCACAAGGACAAGGGGGCAGAGGGAACACUUAUACAUGGACUAAUUAGGGGAUUAGAACCAGGUGUGUGUGUGAUUGACAAGACAAUUGUGAUGAUGAUUGGGGCGGCAGUGGUUAGUACUCCGGUGACGACGAAUGCUGAAGCCUGCCCGAACAAGGAGGGGAGGCAGCCUCGGCCGAAGUCGUGACAGUAAGACUGCAGCACACCUGCCUGGCUGCAUGUUAAUGACCCUAUAUAAUGUGCGAGUGUUCGACAAGGCAUUGAUUAAAUAGAGAAACGUGUGUGUAUUUUGACUGUGUAUCUAAGUGUGUGUCAUUUGAUUGUCUCUCCUCUAGAUGAUGAUUCUGGUGAUUCUGAUGCAGAGGAGGAGCAGGAGAAAACUGUGAGUGUGAGAGUCUGUCCCACACCAUGCAGCCACUAGAGGCCCCUCUAAUACGGCUCUCUACACACACACACACUUCAGUGUCAACGAGUUCACCGCAACUCUCCUAUACCCAACCCUUCUACCUACACAAAUUGUCCCAACAACCUCUGGUGACACACACACCCUAUUGUUGUGGCAGACAGGGAAUGGAGGCCUAUCGAUCGCUUCCUGACUGGUGCUAGUUGGGGGGUUCUGGGAAGUAGGGAUAGGAUGGGUCCUUGUAACCCGAGCCCACACAGACGUGAGGUCAUAAUCGUCAUUCUCUGACACGUGUUGUACUCAUACUCCUCAUACUCGCGUACAGCUCACACACAGCCAAUUUCACUUGUAUAUUGUUAUUUAUUUAUUUAUUCAUAUUUUUGCUGAAUGAAAUUGUCUGUCAUUGCCUGGUCACAUUACUGCUGCUCUGCCACUGUACACCUCAGCUGCCACUCCUUUUCUCCCCUCCCUCCCUCCCUCCUUCCAGCUAGUCCUUCUCUUUCUCUGUGAAAUAUGUAUGAGCUGAAGGUCAAGCCUCUAUUCAACUCUGUCCUCCUAUAGCCGUAAUGACAGCUGAUCAGUUAGGAUUAUAAAAUGCAUCCCAAAUGGCACCCUAUUCCCUAUAUCAAGGGUUCCCAAACUUUUUCACUCAGGCCCCACUUCCAGCAUUCAUGAACAUCCCGCGACGUCUAUUUCUAUGGGCACAAGCACUGUUCAUGACACAAACCGUUCACACACAUCUUGUUGGCAGAGAGAACAUUUUGCAAGUUUUAAAGUUUAUUUCCUGCAAUUCUACACAUUUUGUCAUGGGGUGUAGAGACAAUUUUGUAGUUUUAAAGCUAAUUUUCUUGCAAUUCUAAACAUUUUGCCGUGUCUAAUGUGUAUUCGUGUGACAUUUGAGUGACUCCAACAUUACAACAAAAAACCUAGUUAAAAAACGUUAGCUGACAUGGGCUAGUUGAUCUGGACAUUUCUGACAAGUUAUAAAUAGCUCUCUAAGGUAUGCAAUGACUGACAUGACAAGAGGAAAACUGAUGAUGCACUAUCCAAUUUCAAAAUUGCACCUUGUGCAUUCUACUAUUACAACUUUCCAAAGUAAGUUGAAAGCCAGACUGAGUUCCACCAAAAAAUACAUACAUAUACACAAAAGUAUGUGGCCACCCCAUCAAAUUAGUGGAUUCGGCUAUUUCAGCCACACCCGUUGCUGACAGGUGUAUAAAAUCGAGCACACAGCCAUGCACUCUCCAUAGACAAACAUUGGCAGUAGAAUGGCCUUACUGAAGAGCUCAGUGACUUUCAACGUGGCAUAGGAUGCCACCUUUCCAACAAGUCAGUUCGUCACAUUUCUGCCCUGCUAGAGCUGCCCCGGUCAACUGUAAGUGCUGUCAUUGUGAAGUGGAAACGUCUAGGAGCAACAUAGGCUCAGCCAUGAAGUGGUAGGCCACACAAGCUCACAGAACGGGACCGCCGAGUGCUGAAGCACGUAACACUCACUACCGUGUUCCAAACUGCCUCUGGAAGCAAUGUCGGCACGAGAACUGUUCGUCGAGAGCUUCAUGAAAUGGGUUUCCAUGGCCGAGCAGCCGCACACAAGCCUAAGAUCACCAUGUGCAAUGCCAAGCGUAGGCUGGAGUGGUGUAAAGCUCGCCGCCAUUGGUCUCUGGAGCAGUGGAAACAUGUUCUCUGGAGUGAUGAAUCACGCUUCACCAUCUGGCUGAAUCUGGGUUUGGUGGAUGCCAGGAGAACGCUAUCUGCCCCAAUGCAUAGUGUCAACUGUAAAGUUAGGUGGAGGAGGAAUAAUGGUCUGGGGCUGUUCUUCAUGGUUCGGGCUAGGCCCCUUAGUUCCAGUAAAGGGACAUCUUAAAGCUACAGCAUACAAUGACAUUCAAGACGAUUCUGUGAUUCCAACUUUGUGGCAAUAGUUUGGGGAAGGACCUUUCCUGUUUCAGCAUGGCAAUGUCCCCGUGCACAAAGCGAGGUCCAUACAGAAAUGGUUUGUCGAGAUCGGUGUGGAAGAACUUGACUGGCCUGCACAGAGCCCUGACCUCAACCCCAUCGAACACCUUUGGGAUGAAUUGGAACGCCGACUGUCCCCACAGCAAUGUUCCAACAUCUAGUGGAAAACCUUCCCAGAAGAGUGGAGGCUGUUAUAGCAGCAAAUGUUUACCAACUCCAUAUAAUAAUAAUAAUAAUAAUAUGCCAUUUAGCAGACGCUUUUAUCCAAAGCGACUUACAGUCAUGCGUGCAUACAUUUUUGUGUGUGGGUGGUCCCGGGGAUCGAACCCACUACCUUGGCGUUACAAGCGCUGUGCUCUACCAGCUGAGCUACAGAGGACCACAUAUUAAUGCCCAUGAUUUUGGAAUGAGAUGUUCAAGGAGCAGGUGUCCACAUACUUUUGUUCAUGUAGUGUAUACCAGGGCUCUGGUCUAAAGUAGUGCACAUUUUACAUUUUAGUCAUUUAGCAGAUGCUCUUAUCCAGUAUGGAGGACUAAAAGUGCCACAAUUAAAUAAAAUAAAUACACCAUUAAAUAAUUACUUAAAUGUGUCAUUAAUUAAUUAAAAUUAGAAUUAAAUACAUAAAUGUGUUAUUAAAUGUGUCAUUAAUUAAUUCAAAUACCGAUUCAUUUUAUGUAAAAUACAUAUAUAAUUAUUUCACUAUUUACAUUUACAUUUCAUGAUCCUGCAUUGCAGUGAUUCAUGAAUUACUUAAAACUGUCAAACUGACCCAUCAAAGUCAGUGGGCGGGGCUAACGCGAAUCUAGUCUGAUCCAUUGCUUUGGUCUGAAGUAGAGUAGGCCAACCUGGAUAGAGACAAUGGAGGAUCUCCGUGAACUUUCCAGGGAGUUGGUUAGAGACAUUUUAAACUUAGCAGAGGAUGUAGAAGCAGGACCUGCUGACAUUAUCCGGAAUUGAUUUGUCUUGGCUUGAUGCAGAGGGUAACCAAUCAGGCGUUAGGUUCCGCCUACCAACUUUUGAUGGGUCAGUUUGACAGUUUUAAGUAAUUCAGGAAGCACUCCAACGCAGGACCAUGAAAUGUAAAUGUAAAUAGUGAAAUUAUUAUAUAUGUAUUUUACAUAAAAUGAAUCGGUAUUUGAAUUAAUUAAUGAUACAUUUAAUUACACAUUUAUGUAUUUAAUUCUAAUUUGAAUUAAUUAAUGACACAUUUAAGUAAUUAUUUAAUGGUGUAUUUAUUUAUUUAAUUGUGGCACUUUUAGUCCUCCAUAAUCCAGAGCGACUUACAGGAGCAAUUAGUGUUAAGUGCCUUGCUCAAGGGCACAUCGACAGAUUUUUCACCUAGUCUGCUCGGGGAUUAGAACCAGCGACCUUUUGGUUACUGGCACAACGCUCUUAACCACUAAGCUACCUGCCGCCCUACAGUGCUAUGAAAAAGUAUUUGCCCCCUUUCUAAUUUUCUCUACUUUUGCAUAUUUGUGAUACUGAAUGUUAUCAGAUCUUCAACCAAAACCUAAUAUUAGAUAAAGGGAACAUAAGUGAACAAAUAACACAACAAUUACAUAUUUAUUUCAUAAACAAAGUUAUGCAACACCCAAUUCCCCUGUGUGAAAAAGUAAUUGCCCCCACACUCAAUAACUGGUUGAGCCACCUUUAACUGCAAUGACUCCAACCAAAUGCUUCCUGUAGUUGUUGAUCAGUCUCUCACGUCGCUGUGGAGGAAUUUUGGCCCACUCUUCCAUGCAGAACUGCUUUAACUCAGUGACGUGUGGGUUUUCAAGCAUGAACUGCUCGUUUCAAGUCCUGCCACAACAUCUCAAUUGGGAUUAGGUCUGGACUUUGACUAGGCCAUUCCAAAACUUCAAAUGUGUUGCUUUUUAGCAAUUUUCAUGUAGACUUGAUUGUGUGUUUUGGAUCAUUGUCUUGCUGCAUGACCCAGCUGCACUCAGGUGAAUCCAGGUGAAAGCUAUGAUCCCUUAUUGAUGUCACUUGUUAAAUCCACUUCAAUCAGUGUAGAUGAAGGGGAGGCGACAGGUUAAAGAAGGAAUUUUAAGCCUUGGGACAAUUGAGACAUGAAUUGUGUAUGUGUGCCAUUCAAAGAGUAAAUGGGCAAGACAAAAGAUUGAAGUGCCUUCGAACGGGGUAUGGUAGUAGGUGCCAGGCGCACCGGUUUGUGUAAAGAAGUGCAACGCUGCUGGGUUUUUCACGCUCAACAGUUUCCCGUGUGUAUCAAGAAUGGUCCACCACCCAAAGGACAUUAGCCAACUUGACACAACUGUGGGAAGCAUUGGAGUCAACAUGGGAACGCUUUCAACACCUCGUAGAGUCCAGGCCCAGACGAAUUGAGGCUGUUCUGAGGGCAAAAGGGGAGGGGUGCAACUCAAUAUUAGGAAGGUGUUCCUAGUGUUUGGUACACUAAGUGUAGACAUCAGUACAUCUGAUUAAUGAGCAGUAGAACAUGACAGCGUGAUGUAAUGGUAAUUCUCUCUCUCUGUCUCUGUGUGUAGAAGAGGAGGAGACCUACUACAGGUGGUCAGCUGGAUGAUAAGAGACGUGAGAUGCUGAAGAGACACCCUCUCUCCCUCUGCCUAGACCUCAAAUGCAAAGGUACACACACACACACUUUCUAUUCCAGUAGUUUCUGUGUGUCAGCCUCUCACAGAUAGUGCUGCUUCUGCUGUUUUUCUUUCUCUGUGGAAGACUGCAGUAAUCUGUCACUGCUCCUCAGUGACACACACACACUGCUCCUGUGUGACAGGCAGCAGGACGCUGUCACUACUUCUUAGUCUCUCUGGGACAGUUAAGGGUAGAUGACAUCAUUCAGAGCUAUAUGAUAGGACUGUUAGAAAUUGAUAUCAAUGGUAGUGGUAAGGAUUCUGUGGUGCAGUGUAUAUGGUGAUGGUUCAGUGCAUAGAUUACACUAAAUGAACGAUUCUUGUUCAAUGAACAAUGACAUCACUACUAAGGUUACACAAUGUCGCCUCUCCUCUCCUCUCCUGGCUAGAACCCAAUGACACCUUGAGAGACGGACACACAGACGCACACUCACUCUCUCACAAAUACACACACACACACACACAGCUUUUACUGCUGCAAACAGUCAUAAGCUGCUUCAUGGUUUAGAGUAGUGGUUCCCAACCUUUUUCGGUUACUGUACCACCAACUUAAUUUUGUUCUGCCCAGAGUACCCCUGAAGUACCCCCUCAUGUGCAUUUUACCAGUAAGCCUAUGGUCUCAUGAGUCUUCUCAAGUACCCCCUGUGGAUAGGCCAAGUAUCCCCAGGGGUCCUAGUACUCCUGGUUGGGAACCACUAGUUUAGAGGACAACAGAGAGAGUGCGAGGAGGCUGAUGAAAAUGUGCUUAGAAUAAGGUGUGAGUGCUGCAGCCCUACACUGCUGCCAGCUCCACACACAUACACCGUCCGCUCCUCCCUGCCUGCUUGCCAGUGGAUAGAGUUACGCCUGCAAUGCAGAACAUCCUCACCUCAUCCCUCCUCCUUUUCGCCAUCUCUCCCUCCCCUCCUCCUCUUCUCCAUUCUUCAUAGCUAAGAAUCUAGUCAUCCUCUUUGUGUCAAUUUACACUGACAUCCACGGGGUAUACGAGUGCAUUGCAGGCUGCAUACAAUGCUUUUGAACAGUAAGAUUGCCAUCUCAAUUUGCCAUCUGCCGGCCUUUGGGGUAUCUUUUGGCAGAGAGGCAACUUACCAACCACAAUACAUGCUCACAUACACACACACACACACGUCUCAUCUCCCUGUUUGAUAAAUAGCAUAUUAUGUAUAUAUUAUUAAUAGAUCGCAUCAUACCCAGUGAACCCUUCUCUCUCUCACUCUCUCUGUCUCUCUAGACGGCAGUGUGCUGCAUCUGUUCUUCUACUACCUGAUGAACCUGAACAUCAUGACUGUCAAGGCCAAAGUCUCCACUGCCACAGACCUCACUGGAGCUAUCAGUGCUGGGUACGUGUGUGCGUGUGGAGUUUGGGGAGUGUGUGACUGUGUGUGACUGUGUUGUAAUGAUUCUAUCUUCUGGCAGGGAGCUGUUAAAUUCUGACACGCUGCUCAACUGCCUGUAUGCUAACGAUCAGGGGCGCGAGACGCCCAACCCUGCUAACCGCUACCAGUUUGAUAAAGUGGGGUAAGGAUGCUGUCCUAAAGCCGAACACCUAUACACACAGCUUGUACAGUUGCUUCAGUAUCAAUACAGAUAUUGUUUGAUGAUUGUAGGAUCAGUAUUAAUUCAUAUAUUGUGUUUUCUUGUAGGAUCAGUUCAUUUGGAGACUACGUGGCAGAGCUGGGUCAUCCCUACCUGUGGGUGCAGAGACUGGGAGGACUGCAGUUCCCAAGUGACGCCCCAGAGGUGUGUGUUUGUGGUGUGUGUGGCCCUGACAUUCCGUUUAGUAAAGUGUCUGCUGCUAUGCUGUACUUCUUUCUCUCUGUAUGUGUGUGUUAACCCUGCUGUGUGUGUGUUUCAGGGUGUGCAUGCAGGCAGUUCUCUGAGUGCCAGUCACAUGGAGAGCACCAUGAAGCUGCUGAGAGGACGCGUCCAGUCACGCCUGGCCCUGCACAAACAGUUCUCCUCACUAGGUACACACAGACAGUUCUCCUCACAUUUCUCAUCACCGGGUACACGCACACAGACAAUAAAAUAAGUGUUUAUGGUAUUGUGUUUGUGUUUUUCAGAGCACAGUAUUGUUCCAGUGUCCAGUGAGUGCCAGCACCUGUUCCCUGCUAAGGUUCUCUCCCGCCUGGCUCGCUGGACUACCAUCACACACCAGGAGUACACAGUACGAACACACAAAACACUUCCAUACAUUUUGUUUGCUGUCAAAACAACCGAAGAGUACACAGGAAGCACACAACUUUGACUACAACUCAUCCUCACACUCAAUAUAAAAUGUCUGACUCUCAUUGUAGCUGCUGUGUAGAUGGAGUGGCUAUAGAAGGUAUUGUGGUUUAAUUAAAUAAACCAUAUAGCUUACUAUUCUUUGUGUGUUCUCUCUCGCUGUAUAGAAUCUGGUGUUCACGCAGCAUGUGUCAGAAGCAGGUCUUGCUCGGGAGACUGACCUGUUCUUCAUGGCCGUGGUGGAGAGAGGAACAGGUAAAUACCAGGGGUAUAUAUUAAGACAUUCCUGAAGAAUUGGAGGCCUGUCUCUGCUUUGUUUGGACUAUAAGAUUUCUUAGAAAAGUCAGGAAAAUAAAUUAUCUCUUUCCUUUCCAGCUCGUCUUCAGGCUGCGGUGGUGUUGAACCCCCGUUACCCAGUCAUUUCUCCUCUCUUUGCUGUCUCACUCAGCUGGAAGGGGGAGCGCAGUGGACGUACUGACGACAACCUUCGAGUGAGUAUACACACACCCAUCACACACUGUGAAUACAGGACCCUAACCCAGGGGAGGGCAAAUCUAUAUGCUGUAAUGCCCUUUGAUGCCACUGGUUAGUGGUUAGACACUCACCGGCUGGGAUUGACAUGUCUAACCCCUCCCCCAGGCCAUGGAGAGUGAGGUGAACGUUUUCAAAUCGGAGCUCCAGGGGCCCCGCCCAGGCCACCAGCUGCUGACCAAUCAGGUGGCUCGUCUGGGUGUCUGUCUGGACGUGUACCUGGAGACAGACGGACAGGACGACAGUGUGGAGGGACCACGGGAGUUCCCCAGAGAGAAGAUGUGUCUACGCACUGUCAGGUACACGCACACACAUACACACACACAGAGAUGGCGCCGAUCGACAUGGCUGGCCUGUUUCUGGCUCCUAAGCAACUUUGCAGUAUAUUUUUUUUCUCACAUUAUUAGCACAGAAUGUUUUUUGCAUUAUUACAUACGGCUGGAAAUAACUUUGGAAUAUCAGUAACUCGCCAGCAUUUCGACCAGAAAUACGACUUUCCUGAAUUGGAUCCUUUGUUCGUACCCCCCAAGGCGAUUUAACUUAUGUCAGAGGCUGCUCCAAGACGCCGCUGGCAUAGAAGAGGUAUUCGGAGUAGACUUUUAGUCCAACUCGGGAGGCAUGCACACCAUCCACCGCUUACGAGUAUAUUACAGUAAAGUAGACGAGCUCAGGGUGAGGAUAUCCUUCCAGAGAGACAUCAGGGACUGUAACAUACUCUGUUUCACGGAGUCAUGGCUCUCUCCUGAUAUACUGUCCCGUUCUCAGUACAUCGCGCAGAUAGGAAUAAAGAACUCUCUGGGAAGAAGAAAGGCGGAGGUGUAUGUUUCAUGAUUAACUACUCAUGGUGUGAUUGUGGUAACGUACAGGAACUCAAGCCCUUUUGUUCACCCGACCUAGAAUACUUCACAAUCAAAUGCCGAUCACAUUACCUCCCAAAAUAAUUAUCUUCGGUCAUCGUCACAGCCAUGUAUAUUCCCCCUCAAGUCGAUACCACGACGGCUCUCAAGGAACUACGCUGGACUUUGUGCAAACUGGAAACCGCAUAUCCUGAGGCCGCAUUUAUUGUAGCUAGGGACUUUAAUAAAGCAAAUCUACCUAUGUAAGAAUGCUGUUCAUUGACUACAGCUCAGCCUUCAACACCAUAGUACCCUACAAGCUCAUCAUUAAGCUCGUCCCUGGGUCUGAACCCCGCCCUGUGCAACUGGGUCCUGGACUUCCUGACGGGCUACCCCCAAGUGGUGAAGGUCGACAACAACACCUCCACUACGCUGAUCCUCAACACAGGGGCCCCGCAAGGGUGGUGCUCAGCCCCCUCCUGUACUCCCUUUUCACCUAUGACUGCGUGGCCACGCACGCCUCCAACUCAAUCAUCAAGUUUGCAGACGACACAACAGUGGUAGGCCUGGUUACCAACAAUUACGAGACGUCCUACAGGGAGGAGGUGAGGGCCCUGGCGGAGUGGUGCCAGGAAAAUAACCUCUCCCUCAACAAAACGAAGGAGCUGAUCGUGGACUUCAGGAGAACGCAGAGGGAGCACACCCCCAUCCACAUCAAUGGGGCUGCAGUGGAGAAGGUCAAAAGCUUCAAGUUCCUCGGCGUACACAUCACUGACAAUCUGAAAUGAUGCACCCACGCAGACCGUGUGGUGAAGAAGGCGAACAGCGCCUCUUCAACCUCAGGAGGCUGAAAAAAUGUGGCUUGGCCCAUAAGACCCACAAACUUUUACAGAUGCACCAUUGAGAGCAUCCUGUCGGGCUGUAUCACCGCCUGGUACAGCAACUGCACCGUCAGCAACCGCAGGGCUCUCCAGAGGGUGGUGCGGUCUGCCCAACGCAUCACCAGGGGCACACUGGCUGCCCUCCAGAACAUCUACAGCACCCGGUGUCACAGGAAGGCCAAGAAGAUCAUCAAGGACCUCAGCCACCCAAGCCACGGCCUAUUCACGCCGCUAUCAUCCAGAAGGCGAGGUCAGUACAGGUGCAUCAAAACUGGGACCGAUAUAAGUUGUUUUUCAGUCUCAAGGCCAUCAGGCUGUUGAAUAACAAUCACUAGCCAACCUCCACCCAGUACGCUGCCCAGAACUUUGUCACUGUCACUAGCCGGCUACCACCCAGUUACUCAAAUCUGCACCUUAGAGGCUGCUGCCCUAUGUACAUAGACAUGGAACACUGGUCACUUUAAUAAUAGAACACUGGGCACUUUUAAUAAUGUUUACGUAUGUUUUACCCAUUUUCAUAUAUGUGUGUAUAUAUAUAUAUAUAUAUAUAUACAGAUACAGUGAGGGAAAAAAGUAUUUAAUCCCCUGCUGAUUUUGUAUGUUUGCCCACUGACAAAGACAUGAUCAGUCUAUAAUUUUAAUGGUAGGUUUAUUUGAACAGUGAGAGAUAGAAUAACAACAACAAAAUCAAGAAAAACGCAUGUCAAAAAUGUUAUAAAUUGAUUUGCAUUUUAAUGAGGGAAAUAAGUAUUUGACCCCUCUGAAAAACAUGACUUGGUGGCAAAAUCCUUGUUGGCAAUCAGAGGUCAGGCGUUUCUUGUAGUUGGCCACCAGGUUUGCACACAUUUCAGGAGGGAUUUUGUCCCACUCCUCUUUGCAGAUCUUCUCCAAGUCAUUAAGGUUUCGAGGCUGACGUUUGGCAACUCGAACCUUCAGCUCCCUCCACAGAUUUUCUAUGGAAUUAAGGUCUGGAGACUGGUUAGGCCACUCCAGGACCUUAAUGUGCUUCUUCUUGAGCCACUCCUUUGUUGCCUUGGCCGUGAGUUUUGGGUCAUUGUCAUGCUGGAAUACCCAUCCACGACCCAUUUUCAAUGCCCUGGCUGAGGGAAGGAGGUUCUCACCCAAGAUUUGACGGUACAUGGCCCCGUCCAUCGUCCCUUUGAUGCAGUGAAGUUGUCCUGUCCCCUUAGCAGAAAAACACCCCCAAAGCAUAAUGUUUCCACCUCCAUGUUUGACGGUGGGGAUGGUGUUCUUGGGGUCAUAGGCAGCAUUCCUCCUCCUACAAACACGGCGAGUUGAGUUGAUGCCAAAGAGCUCCAUUUUGGUCUCAUCUGACCACAACACUUUCACCCAGUUCUCCUCUGAAUCAUUCAGAUGUUCAUUGGCAAACUUCAGACGGCCUGUAUAUGUGCUUUCUUGAACAGGGGGACCUUGCGGGCGCUGCAGGAUUUCAGUCCUUGAAGGCGUAGUGUGUUACCAAUUGUUUUCUUGGUGACUAUGGUCCCAGCUGCCUUGAGAUCAUUGACAAGAUCCUCCCGUGUAGUUCUGGGCUGAUUCCUCACCGUUCUCAUGAUCAUUGCAACUCCACGAGGUGAGAUCUUGCAUGGAGCCCCAGGCAGAGGGAGAUUGACAGUUAUUUUGUGUUUCUUCCAUUUGCGAAUAAUCACACCAACUGUUGUCAACUUCUCACCAAGCUGCUUGGCGAUGGUCUUGUAGCCCAUUCCAGCCUUGUGUAGGUCUACAAUCUUGUCCCUGACAUCCUUGGAGAGCUAUUUGGUCUUGGCCAUGGUGGAGAGUUUGGAAUCUGAUUGAUUGAUUGCUUCUGUGGACAGGUGUCUUUUAUACAGGUAACAAGCUGAGAUUAGGAGCACUCCCUUUAAGAGUGUGCUCUAAUCUCAGCUCGUUACCUGUAUAAAAGACACCUGGGAGCCAGAAAUCUUUCUGAUUGAGAGAGGGGUCAAAUACUUAUUUCCCUCAUUAAAAUGCAAAUCAAUUUAUUACAUUUUUGCCAUGUGUUUUUCUGGAUUUUUUUGUUGUUAUUAUGUCUCUCACUGUUCAAAUAAACCUACCAAUUAAAAUUAUAGACCGAUCAUUUCUUUGUCAGUGGGCAAACAUACAAAAUCAGCAGGGGAUCAAAUACUUUUUUCCCUCACUGUGUGUGUGUAUAUAGAUAGAUAGAUAGAUAGAUAGAUAGAUAUAUAGAUAUAUAGAUAUAUAUAUAGAUAUAUAUAUAUAGAUAUAUAUAUAGAUAUAUAUAUAUACACACACACACACACACACACACACACACACACACACACACACACACACACACACACACACACACACAGUGGGGGAAAAAAGUAUUUAGUCAGCCACCAAUUGUGCAUGUUCUCCCACUUAAAAAGAUGAGAGCGGCCUGUAAUUUUCAUCAUAGGUACACCUCAACUAUGACAGACAAAUUGAGAUUUUUUUUUCCAGAAAAUCACAUUGUAGGAUUUUUAAUGAAUUUAUUUGCAAAUUAUGGUGGAAAAUAAGUAUUUGGUCACAUACAAACAAGCAAGAUUUCUGGCUCUCACAGACCUGUAACUUCUUCUUUAAGAGGCUCCUCUGUCCUCCACUCGUUACCUGUAUUAAUGGCACCUGUUUGAACUUGUUAUCAGUAUAAAAGACACCUGUCUACAACCUCAAACAGUCACACUCCAAACUCCACUAUGGCCAAGACCAAAGAGCUGUCAAAGGACACCAGAAACAAAAUUGUAGACCUGCACCAGGCUGGGAAGACUGAAUCUGCAAUAGGUAAGCAGCUUGGUUUGAAGAAAUCAACUGUGGGAGCAAUUAUUAGGAAAUGGAAGACAUACAAGACCACUGAUAAUCUCCCUCGAUCUGGGGCUCCACGCAAGAUCUCACCCCGUGGGGUCAAAAUGAUCACAAGAACGGUGAGCAAAAAUCCCAGAACCACACGGGGGGACCUAGUGAAUGACCUGCAGAGAGCUGGGACCAAAGUAACAAAGCCUACCAUCAGUAACACACUACGCCGCCAGGGACUCAAAUCCUGCAGUGCCAGACGUGUCCCCCUGCUUAAGCCAGUACAUGUCCAGGCCCGUCUGAAGUUUGCUAGAGUGCAUUUGGAUGAUCCAGAAGAGGAUUGGGAGAAUGUCAGAUGAAACCAAAAUAUAAUUUUUUGGUAAAAACUAAACUUGUCGUGUUUGGAGGACAAAGAAUGCUGAGUUGCAUCCAAAGAACACCAUACCUACUAUGGAACAAGCUCCCUCACGACGCCAGGACAGCGGAGUCACUCACCACCUUCCGGAGACAUUUGAAACCCCACCUCUUUAAGGAACACCUGGGAUAGGAUAAAGUAAUCCUUCUACCCCCCCCCCCCCAAUUUUUUUUAAAAAUAAUAAUAAUUGUAAAGUGGUUAUCCCACUGGCUAUAGGGUGAAUGCACCAAUUUGUAAGUCGCUCUGGAUAAGAGCGUCUGCUAAAUGACUAAAAUGUAAAUGUGGAAACAUCAUGCUUUGGGGCUGUUUUUCUGCAAAGGGACCAGGACGACUGAUCCGUGUAAAGGAAAGAAUGAAUGGGGCCAUGUAUCGUGAGAUUUUGAGUGAAAACCUCCUUCCAUCAGCAAGGGCAUUGAAGAUGAAACGUGGCUGGGUCUUUCAGCAUGACAAUGAUCCCAAGCACACCGCCCGGGCAACGAAGGAGUGGCUUCGUAAGAAGCAUUUCAAGGUCCUGGAGUGGCCUAGCCAGUCUCCAAAUCUCAACCCCAUAGAAAAUAUUUGGAGGGAGUUGAAAGUCCGUGUUGCCCAGCGACAGCCCCAAAACAUCACUGCUCUAGAGGAGAUCUGCAUGGAGGAAUGGGCCAAAGUACCUGCAACAGUGUGUGAAAACCUUGUGAAGACUUACAGAAACGUUUGACCUGUGUCAUUGCCAACAAAGGGUAUAUAACAAAGUAUUGAGGAACUUUUGUUAUUGACCAAAUACUUAUUUUCCACCAUAAUUUGCAAAUAAAUUCAUAAAAAAUCCUACAAUGUGAUUUUCUGGAAUUUUUUUCCUCAAUUUGACUGUCAUAGUUGACGUGUACCUAUGAUGUAAAUUACAGGCCUCUCUCAUCUUUUUAAGUGGGAGAACCUGCACAAUUGGUGGUUGACUAAAUACUUUUUUCCCCCACUGUGUAUGUGUGUGUGUGUGUAUAUGUGUGUGUAUAUAUAUAUAUAUAUAUUACAUACAUACAUACAUACAUACAUACAUACAUACAUACAUACAUACAUACAUACAUACAUACAUACAUACAUACAUACAUACAUACAUACAGUGGGGAGAACAAGUAUUUGAUACACUGCCGAUUUUGCAGGUUUUCCUACUUACAAAGCAUGUAGAGGUCUGUAAUUUUUAUCAUGGGUACACUUCAACUGUGAGAGACGGAAUCUAAAACAAAAAUCCAGAAAAUCACAUUGUAUGAUUUUUAAGUAAUUAUUUUGCAUUUUAUUGCAUGACAUAAGUAUUUGAUACAUCAGAAAAGCAGAACUUAAUAUUUGGUACAGAAACCUUUGUUUCCUAUAUAAGGUCCCACAGUUGACAGUGCAUGUCAGAGCAAAAACCAAGCCAUGAGGUCGAAGGAAUUGACCGUAGAGCUCCAAGACAGGAUUGUGUCGAGGCACAGAACUGGGGAAUGGUACAAAAAAAUGUCUGCAGCAUUGAAGGCCCCCAAGAACACGGAGGCCUCCCAUCAUUCUUAAAUGGAAGAAGUUUGGAACCACCAAGACUCUUCCUAGAGCUGGCCGCCCGGCCAAACUGCGUAAUUGGGGAAAAGGGCCUUGGUCAGGGAGGUGACCAAGAACCCGAUGGUAACUCUGACAGAGCUCCAGAGUUCCUCUGUGGAGAUAGUAGAACCUUCCAGAAGGACAACAAUCUCUGCAGCACUCAACCAAUUGGCCUUUAUGGUAGAGUGGCCAGACGGAAGCCACUCCUCAGUAAAAGGCACAUGACAAGCCGCUUGAAGUUUGCCAAAAGGCACCUAAAGGACUCUGACCAUGAGAAACAAAAUUCUCUAGUCUGAUGAAACCAAGAUUGAACUCUUUGGCCUGAAUGCCAAGCAUCCCAUCUGGAGGAAACCUGGCACCAUCCCUACGGUGAAGCAUGGUGGUGGCAGCAUCAUGCUGUGGGGAUGGUUUUCAGCGGCAGGGACUGGGACACUACUCAGGAUCGAGGGAAAGAUGAACGGAGCAAAGUACAGAGAGAUCCUUGAUGAAAACCUGCUCCAGAGCGCUCAGGACCUCAGACUGGAGCAAAGGUUCACCUUCCAACAGGACAACGACCCUAAGCACACAGUCAAGACAAACGCAGGAGUGGCUUCGGGACAAGUCUCUGAAUAUCCUUGAGUGGGCCAGCCAGAGCCCGGACUUGAACGUGAUGGAACAAAUCAGGAGAGACCUGAAAAUAGCUGUGCAGCAACGCUCCCCAUCCAACCUGACAGAGCUUGAGAGGAUCUGCAGAGAAGAAUGGGAGAAACUCCCUAAAUACAGGUGUGCCAAGCUUGUACCGUCAUACCCAAGAAGACUCUAGGCUGUAAUCGCUGCCAAAGGUGCUUCAACAAAGUACUGAGUAAAGGGUCUGAAUACUUAUGUAAAUGUGACAUUUCAGUAUUUUUUUUAAAUAAAAUUGCAAAAAUGUCUAAACCUGUUUUUUGCUUUGUCAUUAUGGGGUAUUGUGUGUAGUCCGCGCACACACUCCGGACUCCAACAUUGCUCGUCCUAAUAUUUCUUAAUUCCAUUUGUGUGUAUUGUUAGAUGUUACUGCACUGUUGGAGCUAGGAACACAAGCAUUUCGCUACACCCGCAAUAACAUCUGCUAAAUAUUUGUAUGCGACCAAUAAAAUGUGAUUUGACCAAUAAAAUGUGAUUUGAUUUGACACUCACACACUCCUCUCUCAGUAUCUCUGACAAUGUGUUUCUCUAUGGUUGUGUUUCAGGGGUCCGAACCGUCUGAAGCCGUUCAAGUACAACCACCCCCAGGGCUUCUUCAGUCACCGCUGACCUCUCUACCCCUCUCCCUUCACCGCUGACCCCCCGACCCCCUCACCCCAGAACUCUUACCCUACCUCAUGGCUUCUUCAGUCACCCCUGACUCCUGAACUUUACCCUCUGCUGUGCCCCUGCCCUCAUAUCCCCCAUCUCUUUUUUUAAUACACAAGUCUUGUCUGUUUAACACACUGUUUGACACAUUCUGUGUGUCGGUUGGACAAUAAAAAGCUAGUGAUCUUGUUUGGAUCAGCAAGUUCUGUCUUUUUUAAAUGUUAUUCUUCACUGCUGACUGAUUUAUGCUCAGCUUUAUUCUACUAUGAAUUAUCUCCUCCUCUUUUAGCUAGUACAUAUUUAUUUCCUCAUC